UAUAUUCUCCCAUUACUCUAUUUAUUUUCAACUGUAGCUCCACUUACCUUAAAACAAAAACAAAAAAAGUGACGUCAUGUACGGACAAGACGACGUCACUACAAAAAUGGAACGACGAUGACGAUGACGAUGAUGAUGGUGAUGGUGAUGGAGAUAUAAUAAUGGGGAGCAGACCCAUUCUAUUACAUUCUCUACGGAUUCCUCUCCCAACCACGAUCGCUCGAUCCCAACGUCUUUACAGUCCCAGUAUUCGCUGCCACGCUCAAUUUCACGGAAUGGGUUUGGAUUUCCUCGCCAAGAAGCCGUACUCACCUCCUUCAUGGGCCACUCAUCUCAACCCCAUACCUUCUCACUCCUUCUCUCUCGGCCAUCUUCCUACUCCGAUUCACAAAUGGAAUCUUCCUAAUCUGCCUAACAACACUGAAGUUUGGUUAAAGCGUGAUGAUCUUUCUGGGAUGCAAUUGAGUGGUAACAAAGUCAGGAAGUUGGAAUUCUUGCUGGCAGAUGCUGUAGAACAAGGUGCUGAUUGCAUAGUAACAAUUGGAGGAAUCCAAAGCAACCACUGCCGCGCAACAGCUGUGGCUGCGAGAUAUCUGAAUCUCGACUGUUAUCUUAUACUACGCACCUCUAAGGUAUUUGUGGACCAAGAUCCAGGAUUGACCGGCAAUCUCUUGGUGGAGCGGCUAGUUGGAGCUCAAAUUGAACUAAUUUCAAAAACAGAAUAUGCAAAAAUUGGGAGUGUGGCUCUUACCAACCACCUCAAACAAAAGCUGAUAAGUGAAGGGAGGAGGCCAUAUGUCAUUCCUGUUGGUGGAUCAAACUCCUUAGGAACUUGGGGCUAUAUUGAAGCAGUUCGAGAGCUUGAGCAGCAACUCCAAUCUGGGAACGCUGAUGUAAAUUUCGACGACAUUGUUGUAGCUUGUGGCAGUGGCGGUACAAUUGCUGGUCUCUCAUUGGGAUCAUGCUUGAGCUCACUCAAGGCAAAAGUUCAUGCAUUCUCUGUUUGUGAUGACCCCGAUUACUUCCAUGACUUUGUGCAAGGCCUACUUGAUGGCCUUGAGGCUGGUGUUGACUCACGUAAUAUUGUUAACAUACAAAAUGCCAAAGGUAUAGGAUACGCAAUUAGUACUCCAGAGGAGCUUAAAUUUGUUACAGACAUUGCUGCAGCCACCGGUGUUGUUCUCGACCCUGUUUAUAGUGGGAAAGCUGCUUAUGGAUUGUUGAAAGACAUGAGCGAGCAUCCGAAGAAGUGGGAAGGGAGAAAGGUCCUCUUCAUACACACCGGCGGGUUGCUGGGGUUGUAUGAAAAGGCUGAGCAGAUGGAUUCGCUCGUAGGAAAUUGGCGUCGAAUGGACGUGCCUGAAUCUGUUCCGCGGGAGGAUGGUAUUGGAAAAAUGUUCUGAGAAAUAGCAAAACAAAUACUUCAAAAUGGUUGCACCAUGUUUUACUAAUAGACCUCAAUAUGUAUAAUGAUAGAGAUGUCUUUAAGGUCCACACUAAAGAUACAUUCUAAAUAAGUACGUUCUAUGCUUUAAAUUGUUAUUAUUAUUAUUAUUGCAAUGAUAGUCAUAGAAUGUUGGAAGAUAAUUUUCCAAGCAAA